AAAGAAAACGAAACGUGACAUGUCAAGAGACGGCGCCCCCAGCUCUUCCUUUUAGUGCUUUUGGACCAGGUGAUGUCACUACACGUCUUGCUGGAGACUUUCCCAGACCUUCAAGGAGGGAGAGGAAAACUUCUUCGAACAACAGUUAGGGGAGGGGAGAGAAAGUUGGACAAGGAGAACACCAGGACUAUUGCUUUCCUCCCGCAACUAAACCUCAAGGAUUGCCGUUGAGAGACUGUGGAUUCCAGCAAGAUUGCGCGCACAUCGUACCAUCUGCGCUUUGGGAGAUAAUCGUUGGAUUCAUGUGGUCUUAACCUGAAGGAACUAUCGAUUACCUUAGGUUGGAACAGAGGGAGGUCAUCAUGUGGCCGCUGCUGCUGCUGUUUCCUGCCUGCUUGAGCUGCUUGAGUGGCCUGGUGUCCGCUGAGGAUGUGCGAUGCCCCUCUCUACAGGUGGAGGCCUGGAAGUUUCCGCAGACCCCCCGGGACCUCAUCACAGGUUUUAAUCUGGUGCGCCGCUUCUCUCUGGUAAAGAACGCCGAGGUGAAGAAGAUCCGCAACCCGCGAGGACCCCUCAUCAUGCGCCUGGGCAAGGUGUCUCUCACACAACCCACCGAGUAA